AUGAUGUUCUUGCCGGCUUUAUUAGCUCUCUUCGUGGGAUGCGACGCUCUCGCUGUGCAGCAGCAGGUACUGCUGGAUGAUGAGCCGUCGAUCUCUGCGCGCAAGCCCAACUUCCUCUUCAUUCUCACGGAUGAUCAGGACCUGCGGAUGAAUAGCCCGGCGUAUAUGCCGUAUACGCAGGCGAAAAUCAAGGAGAAGGGCACUGAGUUCUUGAAUCAUUUCGUCACUACUGCGCUUUGCUGUCCGUCGCGCGUGAGCCUUUGGACGGGAAGACAGGCUCAUAAUACUAAUGUGACGGAUGUGAACCCGCCUUAUGGCGGAUACCCCAAAUUCGUCGCCCAAGGCUUCAACGAAAACUUCCUCCCCGUUUGGCUGCAGUCCGCCGGUUACAAUACCUUUUACACGGGGAAACUGUUCAACUCGCACAGCGUCGCUACCUACAACGCACCGUUUGUGAACGGCUUUAAUGGCUCCGAUUUUCUCCUCGAUCCCCAUACCUAUUCCUACUGGAACGCGACGUACCAGCGAAACCAUGAGCCUCCGCGGAGCUACGAGGGACAAUACACAACGGAUGUGAUGCGGGAGAAGGCAUCGGGGUUGUUGGCAGAUGCGCUGGACAGCGAUGCGCCAUUCUUCCUGACGGUCGCGCCGAUCGCGCCGCACACGAACAUCGAUGUGGAAGGACUGAGUGGUUCUGGGGGUCCGAAGAUGACGGAGCCGCUGCCUGCACCGAGACAUGCGCAUUUGUUUGCCGAUGCGAAGGUGCCGCGGACGCCUAACUUCAAUCCGGACAAGGACUCUGGUGCGGGGUGGAUCCAAACCAUGGAACUCCAGAACCAGACCGUCAUCGACUACGAAGACCAUCUCUAUCGCCAGCGUCUGCGCGCCUUGCAAGCCGUUGAUGAGAUGGUGGACUCGCUGAUCACACAGCUGGAAGAAAGCGGGCAGAUUGACAAUACCUACAUCAUUUACAGUGCUGAUAACGGCUACCACAUUGGCCAUCAUCGUCUGCCUCCGGGCAAAACGACCGGCUAUGAGGAGGACAUCCGAGUCCCGUUCUACAUUCGCGGCCCUGGCGUUCCUGAAGGAAAGAGCGUUGACCGCGUAACCACACACAUUGAUAUCGCCCCUACACUGUUCGAGCUGGCUGGAGUUCCCCUGCGAGAGGACUUUGAUGGUACUCCGAUGCCCGUUUCAACUAGCAAGAAGACCGAGUCGAUCUUGCACGAGCAUGUCACGGUCGAAUUUUGGGGCCAUGCCGUGCUAGAGGGUGAGUACGGCUCCAUCGGACCCGGAGGCUCAUCCAUCGUGGGAAACAACACCUACAAAUCCGCGAGAAUUCUCUCGGAAGAAUAUAACCUGUACUACUCCGUCUGGUGCGACGGCGACCACGAGCUGUACGAUCUCUCGACGGACCCCUACCAGAUGAACAACAUCUACGCCAAACAGGACACUGUCAAGCUCCUGAACAGACCUCUUUCCAGCGUGAUCGAUCGCAUCGACGCCCUUCUUUUAGUCUUGAAAUCCUGCAAGGGUAACACCUGCAUCCAGCCGUGGCGGGUCCUGCAUCCCGAUGGGUCUGUAGAGAGCCUCAAGGAUGCACUGCAGGUGAAGUAUGAUUCCUUUUACACGAAUCAGCCCAAGGUGUCCUAUUCUGUGUGUGAACCAGGGUAUAUCAUUGCCGCUGAAGGCCCGCAGGUGGGUCUUCAGUAUAGAGACGGAUUGAGUUGGGAGGCGUGGACUUGA